AUGGCAACCACCAAUAACGGUACCGCCGCUUCGGCUCCAGUCUUCCGCUUUUCCGCCACCUACAAAUCUCCCACCAACGAGCCCUUCACCUUUUCCGAGUCCCUCACUGCUCCGCCAACCUCUGGCGCCGGCGACAAGGCCGCCUACCUCAACGCCCUGCGCAACUCCAUCAACGCCGCCCAGGACAACAUUAAUAGGGAGCUCACCGCACGCAUGGAGGAGGACAAAGCCAACGAUGCCGCCAAGUCCGCCGUCGACGACGCAUUCGAGGAGGAAAACUACGGCGAGGAGGCACCUCCCAACGAUGACUGA